UGCAGUGACUUCUCUGGGCACAGCUGUAAGAGUCAGCAAUGAACCUACAUCUCUGAACCAUAGACUGAGAAUGAGGGGCAUUCAUUUGCCUUUGUUCCUGCUAACUGGAGCCCAGUUGUGGCAAAGCAUUACACCAGGGGAAAUUGAGAAGAACAAUUCACGCAAACAAAAGAACCAGAACAUCUGGAUUCCAGGUGCAGAUUACAUCACAAGAUGUGAUUUCAACAACAAUGCAAAGCCAUUUUGUGACUGGAUCCAGCCCUGUGAAAGUGACGAUGGAAGCUGGAUAAGAAGCAAGCAUGCUACGCCAACGUUGGGAACCGGUCCAGAGAAAGAUUACCCAGAUGGAGGUGGCUACUUCCUUUACCAAGAGGCCAGCAACUUGGUACCAUCACAGCUGAUCAGAUUGGAGAGUGUGGAAUUCACCGCGUCUGGAGAGAUAUGCAUCGACUUCUGGUAUCACAUGUUGGGAUUGGAGACCCAAAAUGAACUUAAGGUGGUGAUUCAGGAGAAUCUGACAGAAAGAGAUGUCUGGAGAAGGAAUGGCAACCAGGGACCCUCCUGGCUAUAUGGAUCACAGACAGUUCAUUUUCCAAGAAGCUCCAACAUAAAGGUCAUUUUCGAGUCUAUCCGUGGGCAGACAGACAAUGGCGACAUAGCUAUUGAUAAUGUAGCAAUCCGAAGAGGAAACUGCGGCAGUGCAGGUUGUUCAUUGGAUUGUAACUUUGACAAAGACUUGUGCCAUUGGACCCAAUCCAAGAACGAUACGUUGGACUGGAAACGCAUCAGAGGGUCGACACCGUCAUCCUACACAGGACCGAGUUUUGACCACACCACUGCAGGUGGUUACUACAUCUACAUUGAAGGCAACGAUGGGCAAGAAGGAGACCGAGCCCAAUUGGUCAGUGCUCCAUGUGCUGAGAGAGGAGCUCGAUGCAUGCGAUUCUGGUACCACAUGUAUGGAGUAGCUCGGCAUAUGGCUUUGAACGUUUACCAGGUUGAAAGCGGAACAGCAGUGCUGAAGUGGUCUGAUUCAGGAAAUAAGGGAAACCGAUGGAUUGAAGGACAGGUUAGCCUUCACCUGUCUGGAGAUUCUCAGAUCCUCCUUGAAGCGGUCCGUGGCAGUGACUACCGGAGUGAUGUUGCUGUGGAUGACAUUUCCUUUCACGUAGGAUGUUGUGAAGCAGAUGAUUGUGGGCCAACGACAUCUCCAACUACAGCCAGUACCAUGAUGCCUGACAAUACAGAGAGUUCCUGCGUAGUGCAAGGAGAUCCGCACUAUAUGACCUUUGAUGACCAAGCUCACGACUUUAUGGGAACGUGCACGUACACCUUAUCAAAACUGUGCAAUACCAGCAGCGGUCUGCCCUAUUUCAAUGUUGAAGCUGCAAAUGAGCACAGAGGCGGAAACCCAUACGUGUCUUACGUGAGACAAGUCAACGUUGAGGUUUCCAAUCACAGAAUCACACUAGGAAAGGGGCGUGUGGUAAAGGUUGAUGGGGAAGAGGCAGUGCUACCAGUUUCAGUCAGCCCGGGAGUUGUUGUCGCUCUGACUGGGCAGUACGUCGUCAUUAGCACUAGUUUUGGAUUGCGAGUGAAGUUUAAUGGCAAGCAUCGAGCUGAGGUGACUCUCUCGGGUCUCUUCAAAGGCAAGGUGUGUGGAAUGUGUGGGAACUAUAAUGAAGACAGAAGGGAUGAUUUUCUGAAUCCAGAUGGAAUAAUGGAACCUGACUCAGUCAGCUUGGGCAACAGCUGGCAGUCCGGAAAUGACACAAGGUGUACUCCUGAUGUUGGCAUCAGACCAGAUUGCAGUGAGGAUGAAAAGCGUAUCAUCGAAAGUAAAUAUUACUGUGGGAUAAUCAAGGAUGCAGACGGUCCUUUCAAAGGGUGCCAUUCGAAAGUCGACCCGGAAGCUUAUUUUGCCGACUGUGUCUACGACCUUUGUGCGUUAGGCACGGAGCAGGAGGCUCUGUGCAGCAGUUUGGAGUCGUACGGAGAUGCAUGCCAGUCAGAGGGAGCGAGAGUGGAAGCCUGGAGGAAUGAGACCUUUUGCCCUGUAAACUGUGGAGCGAAUAGUCAUUAUGAGCAGUGUGGCUCAGCUUGCCCAGCUACUUGUGUGAGUCCAAGUGCUCCAUCGCGCUGCUUGAAACCUUGCGUGGAAGGCUGUGUAUGUGACAGUGGGUACCUUCUCUACAAUGACCGAUGUGUGCCAGAGGAGAAGUGUGGUUGCUGGUAUGAAGGAAAGCACUACCCAGUGGGCUCUGAACUAUGGACAGAUGAUACCUGCUCAAGAAAAUGUAGAUGUCCUUCUGCAGGCAGUAAAAUGGUGUGCUGGGAUUCAACAUGUUCUAAAGAUUCAUACUGUGGAGUUGUAAACGGCGUCCCCGGUUGCUACCCAUACACGUACGGUAUCUGCAGAGUGCAUAAUGAUCCGCAUUACAACACCUUUGACAAAGCCACCCUGCACUUUAUGGGCAGCUGUACGUACACAAUAGCCAAGUGGUGUGGAAAUUCCUCCUCCCUUCCGUACUUCAACAUUGAAACAAAGAAUGAAAAUCGUGGCGACGCAAGAGUAUCUUAUGUUCAGAAAGUGCAUGUAACUGUUCACGGCCACAACGUUUGGAUUGUGAAGGGGGAAUCUCAGCGGGUGUUGGUUGAUGACGUGUGGGAGACCUUACCUGUCCAGCGUGGCAAGGGUGCCCUGAGUGUGAGCAGGAGCGGAAGAUACGUGGUCCUGACAACUGAUUUUGGCCUGUACGUGUCUUACGACACUGAUCAUUCAGUGGAAGUGAAGGUGCCGAGUACGUACUUUAAUCAGGUUUGUGGUAUGUGCGGUAACUACAAUGGAAUAUGGCAGGAUGACUACAUGAAACCUGACGGAUCGCAAGCAAAGGAUGUCAACGAACUGGGAAACAGCUGGAAGGUGCCACCUGACGAGCCGGGUUGUGACCCCAUCGAGCCAGGAGUGUGUUUGCCCGCAGAUGAGGAGCGCUACCGAGGUGAUGAUUUCUGUGGUCUGAUCAGCAGCCAGCAGGGGCCAUUUGUAAACUGCCACUCGGUAAUCCAUACCAAUGGUUUCUUUGAAAGUUGUGUUGUUGAAAUGUGCUUGACGGAUGGAGACCAAGGAGCUCUGUGUAGGACCCUGCAGAUCUAUUCAGAUGCCUGUCAGAGAGCAGGAGUGACCAUUGUGCCAUGGAGGAACUCCACUUUCUGUGGUAUCGUGUGUGCAGCCAACAGCCAUUACAAUGUAUGCGCCAGCGCUUGUCCAGCCACUUGCACUGACCGCUUUGCUUCGGAGAACUGUAGUAAGCCUUGUGUGGAGGACUGUGAGUGUAACCAUGGCUUUGUCCUGAGUGGAAGCUUGUGCGUGUCUGUCGAGAACUGUGGUUGCACGCACAAGAACAAAUACUACAAGAAAGGUGCAAUGUUCUGGGAAGACAGAUGUCGAGGAAAGUGCCGCUGCACUGGAAAUGACCGAAUCGUGUGCGAACCAGCAAAUUGUGGAGCGGGAGAAAUUUGCAAAGUGCAGGGUGGCAAUUUGGGAUGUUACCGCGCUGACACUGCGAUUUGCCAUAUCUAUGGUGACCCGCACUACACAACAUUUGAUGGGAAGCUGUACCAUUUCCAGGGUGCCUGUAAUUACACGGUGGCCGAGACUUGUGGAAAUACAUCUGUCCAAUUUUCUGUGACGAGCAGGAAUGAGCACCGUGGUAGUCCGAGCUGGACUGUCGUUAACUCGGUGAGCGUGCGCCUGGAGAACCUCCACAUUGCAUUGCGGAAAAAUAGGGACGUUUAUGUGGAUGGAGUGAGGGUGGAGCUUCCUGUGGAACCCACUGCUUCGGUAAGACUGUCGCUGGUAGGAUGGUAUGUUGUGCUCCAGACCAACUUUGGUCUUCAGGUGAAGUUUGACGGAGAUCAUCAACUGGUCGUAGUUGUGGACGAGAGAUACAAAGGACAGCUGUGUGGCUUGUGCGGAACCUACACCAAUGACCAACUGGAUGACUUCUUGAAACCCGAUGGAAUACUAGCUUCGGAUUCAAAUCAGUUUGGGAACAGUUGGAUAGUUACUGACAAUGACUGGCCGUGUAACCCAACAGCUCCUCUUCCGCCACCAUGCGAGCCAGCAGCAAGCGAAGAGGCAGAGAGAUACUGUAAAAUAGUCUUGGCUAACCCUGGUCCAUUUAAAGAGUGUCACUGGCAUAUCCCACCCCAACUCUACUUUGAGAGCUGCAUCUAUGACCACUGUGUGACUGGCGGAGAUUCUGUUCAGAUGUGCAACACGCUGGAGUCUUAUGCUUCAGCUUGUGAAGCAGCUGGUGUUGUGCUGGGAGAUUGGAGGCAGCAGAGUGGCUGUACUGAGAAAAGUUGUUCAUUGGAUUGUAACUUUGACAAAGACUUGUGCCAUUGGACGCAAUCCAAGAACGAUACGUUGGACUGGAAACGCAUCAGAGGGUCGACACCGUCAUCUUACACAGGACCGAGUUUUGACCACACCACUGCAGGUGGUUACUACAUCUACAUUGAAGGCAACGAUGGGCAAGCAGGAGACCGAGCCCAAUUGGUCAGUGCUCCAUGUGCGGAGAGAGGAGCUCGAUGCAUGCGAUUCUGGUACCACAUGUAUGGAGUAGCUCGGCAUAUGGCUUUGAACGUUUACCAGGUUGAAAGCGGAACAGCAGUGCUGAAGUGGUCUGAUUCAGGAAAUAAGGGAAACCGAUGGAUUGAAGGACAGGUUAGCCUUCACCUGUCUGGAGAUUCUCAGAUCCUCCUUGAAGCGGUCCGUGGCAGUGACUACCGGAGUGAUGUUGCUGUGGAUGACAUUUCCUUUCACGUAGGAUGUUGUGAAGCAGAUGAUUGUGGGCCAACGACAUCUCCAACUACAGCCAGUACCAUGAUGCCUGACAAUACAGAGACUUCCUGCAUAGUGCAAGGAGAUCCGCACUAUAUGACCUUUGAUGACCAAGCUCACGACUUUAUGGGAACGUGCACGUACACCUUAUCAAAACUGUGCAAUACCAGCAGCGGUCUGCCCUAUUUCAAUGUUGAAGCUGCAAAUGAGCACAGAGGCGGAAACCCAUACGUGUCUUACGUGAGACAAGUCAACGUUGAGGUUUCCGAUCACAGAAUCACACUAGGAAAGGGGCGUGUGGUAAAGGUUGAUGGGGAAGAGGCAGUGCUACCAGUUUCAGUCAGCCCGGGAGUUGUUGUCGCUCUGACUGGGCAGUACGUCGUCAUUAGCACUAGUUUUGGAUUGCGAGUGAAGUUUAAUGGCAAGCAUCGAGCUGAGGUGACUCUCUCGGGUCUCUUCAAAGGCAAGGUGUGUGGAAUGUGUGGGAACUAUAAUGAAGACAGAAGGGAUGAUUUUCUGAAUCCAGAUGGAAUAAUGGAACCUGACUCAGUCAGCUUGGGCAACAGCUGGCAGUCCGGAAAUGACACAAGGUGUACUCCUGAUGUUGGCAUCAGACCAGAUUGCAGUGAGGAUGAAAAGCGUAUCAUCGAAAGUAAAUAUUACUGUGGGAUAAUCAAGGAUGCAGACGGUCCUUUCAAAGGGUGCCAUUCGAAAGUCGACCCGGAAGCUUAUUUUGCCGACUGUGUCUACGACCUUUGUGCGUUAGGCACGGAGCAGGAGGCUCUGUGCAGCAGUUUGGAGUCGUACGGAGAUGCAUGCCAGUCAGAGGGAGCGAGAGUGGAAGCCUGGAGGAAUGAGACCUUUUGCCCUGUAAACUGUGGAGCGAAUAGUCAUUAUGAGCAGUGUGGCUCAGCUUGCCCAGCUACUUGUGUGAGUCCAAGUGCUCCAUCGCGCUGCUUGAAACCUUGCGUGGAAGGCUGUGUAUGUGACAGUGGGUACCUUCUCUACAAUGACCGAUGUGUGCCAGAGGAGAAGUGUGGUUGCUGGUAUGAAGGAAAGCACUACCCAGUGGGCUCUGAACUAUGGACAGAUGAUACCUGCUCAAGAAAAUGUAGAUGUCCUUCUGCAGGCAGUAAAAUGGUGUGCUGGGAUUCAACAUGUUCUAAAGAUUCAUACUGUGGAGUUGUAAACGGCGUCCCCGGUUGCUACCCAUACACGUACGGUAUCUGCAGAGUGCAUAAUGAUCCGCAUUACAACACCUUUGACAAAGCCACCCUGCACUUUAUGGGCAGCUGUACGUACACAAUAGCCAAGUGGUGUGGAAAUUCCUCCUCCCUUCCGUACUUCAACAUUGAAACAAAGAAUGAAAAUCGUGGCGAUGCAAGAGUAUCUUAUGUUCAGAAAGUGCAUGUAACUGUUCACGGCCACAACGUUUGGAUUGUGAAGGGGGAAUCUCAGCGGGUGUUGGUUGAUGACGUGUGGGAGACCUUACCUGUCCAGCGUGGCAAGGGUGCCCUGAGUGUGAGCAGGAGCGGAAGAUACGUGGUCCUGACAACUGAUUUUGGCCUGUACGUGUCUUACGACACUGAUCAUUCAGUGGAAGUGAAGGUGCCGAGUACGUACUUUAAUCAGGUUUGUGGUAUGUGCGGUAACUACAAUGGAAUAUGGCAGGAUGACUACAUGAAACCUGACGGAUCGCAAGCAAAGGAUGUCAAUGAACUGGGAAACAGCUGGAAGGUGCCACCUGACGAGCCGGGUUGUGACCCCAUCGAGCCAGGAGUGUGUUUGCCCGCAGAUGAGGAGCGCUACCGAGGUGAUGAUUUCUGUGGUCUGAUCAGCAGCCAGCAGGGGCCAUUUGUAAACUGCCACUCGGUAAUCAACACCAAUGGUUUCUUUGAAAGUUGUGUUGUUGAAAUGUGCUUGACGGAUGGAGACCAAGGAGCUCUGUGUAGGACCCUGCAGAUCUAUUCAGAUGCCUGUCAGAGAGCAGGAGUGACCAUUGUGCCAUGGAGGAACUCCACUUUCUGUGGUAUCGUGUGUGCAGCCAACAGCCAUUACAAUGUAUGUGCCAGCGCUUGUCCAGCUACUUGCACUGACCGCUUUGCUUCGGAGAACUGUAGUAAGCCUUGUGUGGAGGACUGUGAGUGUAACCAUGGCUUUGUCCUGAGUGGAAGCUUGUGCGUGUCUGUCGAGAACUGUGGUUGCACGCACAAGAACAAAUACUACGAGAAAGGUGCAAUGUUCUGGGAAGACGGAUGUCGAGGAAAGUGCCGCUGCACUGGAAAUGACCGAAUCGUGUGCGAACCAGCAAAUUGUGGAGCGGGAGAAAUUUGCAAAGUGCAGGGUGGCAAUUUGGGAUGUUACCGCGCUGACACUGCGAUUUGCCAUAUCUAUGGUGACCCGCACUACACAACAUUUGAUGGGAAGCUGUACCAUUUCCAAGGUGCCUGUAAUUACACGGUGACCGAGACUUGUGGAAAUACAUCUGUCCAAUUUUCUGUGACGAGCAGGAAUGAGCACCGUGGUAGUCCGAGCUGGACUGUCGUUAACUCGGUGAGCGUGCGCCUGGAGAACAUCCACAUUGCAUUGCGGAAAAAUAGGGACGUUUAUGUGGAUGGAGUGAGGGUGGAGCUUCCUGUGGAACCCACUGCUUCGGUAAGACUGUCGCUGGUAGGAUGGUAUGUUGUGCUCCAGACCAACUUUGGUCUUCAGGUGAAGUUUGACGGAGAUCAUCAACUGGUCGUAGUUGUGGACGAGAGAUACAAAGGACAGCUGUGUGGCUUGUGCGGAACCUACACCAAUGACCAACUGGAUGACUUCUUGAAACCCGAUGGAAUACUAGCUUCGGAUUCAAAUCAGUUUGGGAACAGUUGGAUAGUUACUGACAAUGACUGGCCGUGUAACCCAACAGCUCCUCUUCCGCCACCAUGCGAGCCAGCAGCAAGCGAAGAGGCAGAGAGAUACUGUAAAAUAGUCUUGGCUAACCCUGGUCCAUUUAAAGAGUGUCACUGGCAUAUCCCACCCCAACUCUACUUUGAGAGCUGCAUCUAUGACCACUGUGUGACUGGCGGAGAUUCUGUUCAGAUGUGCAACACGCUGGAGUCUUAUGCUUCAGCUUGUGAAGCAGCUGGUGUUGUGCUGGGAGAUUGGAGGCAGCAGAGUGGCUGUACUGAGAAAAGUUGUUCAUUGGAUUGUAACUUUGACAAAGACUUGUGCCAUUGGACGCAAUCCAAGAACGAUACGUUGGACUGGAAACGCAUCAGAGGGUCGACACCGUCAUCUUACACAGGACCGAGUUUUGACCACACCACUGCAGGUGGUUACUACAUCUACAUUGAAGGCAACGAUGGGCAAGCAGGAGACCGAGCCCAAUUGGUCAGUGCUCCAUGUGCGGAGAGAGGAGCUCGAUGCAUGCGAUUCUGGUACCACAUGUAUGGAGUAGCUCGGCAUAUGGCUUUGAACGUUUACCAGGUUGAAAGCGGAACAGCAGUGCUGAAGUGGUCUGAUUCAGGAAAUAAGGGAAACCGAUGGAUUGAAGGACAGGUUAGCCUUCACCUGUCUGGAGAUUCUCAGAUCCUCCUUGAAGCGGUCCGUGGCAGUGACUACCGGAGUGAUGUUGCUGUGGAUGACAUUUCCUUUCACGUAGGAUGUUGUGAAGCAGAUGAUUGUGGGCCAACGACAUCUCCAACUACAGCCAGUACCAUGAUGCCUGACAAUACAGAGACUUCCUGCAUAGUGCAAGGAGAUCCGCACUAUAUGACCUUUGAUGACCAAGCUCACGACUUUAUGGGAACGUGCACGUACACCUUAUCAAAACUGUGCAAUACCAGCAGCGGUCUGCCCUAUUUCAAUGUUGAAGCUGCAAAUGAGCACAGAGGCGGAAACCCAUACGUGUCUUACGUGAGACAAGUCAACGUUGAGGUUUCCGAUCACAGAAUCACACUAGGAAAGGGGCGUGUGGUAAAGGUUGAUGGGGAAGAGGCAGUGCUACCAGUUUCAGUCAGCCCGGGAGUUGUUGUCGCUCUGACUGGGCAGUACGUCGUCAUUAGCACUAGUUUUGGAUUGCGAGUGAAGUUUAAUGGCAAGCAUCGAGCUGAGGUGACUCUCUCGGGUCUCUUCAAAGGCAAGGUGUGUGGAAUGUGUGGGAACUAUAAUGAAGACAGAAGGGAUGAUUUUCUGAAUCCAGAUGGAAUAAUGGAACCUGACUCAGUCAGCUUGGGCAACAGCUGGCAGUCCGGAAAUGACACAAGGUGUACUCCUGAUGUUGGCAUCAGACCAGAUUGCAGUGAGGAUGAAAAGCGUAUCAUCGAAAGUAAAUAUUACUGUGGGAUAAUCAAGGAUGCAGACGGUCCUUUCAAAGGGUGCCAUUCGAAAGUCGACCCGGAAGCUUAUUUUGCCGACUGUGUCUACGACCUUUGUGCGUUAGGCACGGAGCAGGAGGCUCUGUGCAGCAGUUUGGAGUCGUACGGAGAUGCAUGCCAGUCAGAGGGAGCGAGAGUGGAAGCCUGGAGGAAUGAGACCUUUUGCCCUGUAAACUGUGGAGCGAAUAGUCAUUAUGAGCAGUGUGGCUCAGCUUGCCCAGCUACUUGUGUGAGUCCAAGUGCUCCAUCGCGCUGCUUGAAACCUUGCGUGGAAGGCUGUGUAUGUGACAGUGGGUACCUUCUCUACAAUGACCGAUGUGUGCCAGAGGAGAAGUGUGGUUGCUGGUAUGAAGGAAAGCACUACCCAGUGGGCUCUGAACUAUGGACAGAUGAUACCUGCUCAAGAAAAUGUAGAUGUCCUUCUGCAGGCAGUAAAAUGGUGUGCUGGGAUUCAACAUGUUCUAAAGAUUCAUACUGUGGAGUUGUAAACGGCGUCCCCGGUUGCUACCCAUACACGUACGGUAUCUGCAGAGUGCAUAAUGAUCCGCAUUACAACACCUUUGACAAAGCCACCCUGCACUUUAUGGGCAGCUGUACGUACACAAUAGCCAAGUGGUGUGGAAAUUCCUCCUCCCUUCCGUACUUCAACAUUGAAACAAAGAAUGAAAAUCGUGGCGAUGCAAGAGUAUCUUAUGUUCAGAAAGUGCAUGUAACUGUUCACGGCCACAACGUUUGGAUUGUGAAGGGGGAAUCUCAGCGGGUGUUGGUUGAUGACGUGUGGGAGACCUUACCUGUCCAGCGUGGCAAGGGUGCCCUGAGUGUGAGCAGGAGCGGAAGAUACGUGGUCCUGACAACUGAUUUUGGCCUGUACGUGUCUUACGACACUGAUCAUUCAGUGGAAGUGAAGGUGCCGAGUACGUACUUUAAUCAGGUUUGUGGUAUGUGCGGUAACUACAAUGGAAUAUGGCAGGAUGACUACAUGAAACCUGACGGAUCGCAAGCAAAGGAUGUCAACGAACUGGGAAACAGCUGGAAGGUGCCACCUGACGAGCCGGGUUGUGACCCCAUCGAGCCAGGAGUGUGUUUGCCCGCAGAUGAGGAGCGCUACCGAGGUGAUGAUUUCUGUGGUCUGAUCAGCAGCCAGCAGGGGCCAUUUGUAAACUGCCACUCGGUAAUCAACACCAAUGGUUUCUUUGAAAGUUGUGUUGUUGAAAUGUGCUUGACGGAUGGAGACCAAGGAGCUCUGUGUAGGACCCUGCAGAUCUAUUCAGAUGCCUGUCAGAGAGCAGGAGUGACCAUUGUGCCAUGGAGGAACUCCACUUUCUGUGGUAUCGUGUGUGCAGCCAACAGCCAUUACAAUGUAUGUGCCAGCGCUUGUCCAGCUACUUGCACUGACCGCUUUGCUUCGGAGAACUGUAGUAAGCCUUGUGUGGAGGACUGUGAGUGUAACCAUGGCUUUGUCCUGAGUGGAAGCUUGUGCGUGUCUGUCGAGAACUGUGGUUGCACGCACAAGAACAAAUACUACGAGAAAGGUGCAAUGUUCUGGGAAGACGGAUGUCGAGGAAAGUGCCGCUGCACUGGAAAUGACCGAAUCGUGUGCGAACCAGCAAAUUGUGGAGCGGGAGAAAUUUGCAAAGUGCAGGGUGGCAAUUUGGGAUGUUACCGCGCUGACACUGCGAUUUGCCAUAUCUAUGGUGACCCGCACUACACAACAUUUGAUGGGAAGCUGUACCAUUUCCAAGGUGCCUGUAAUUACACGGUGACCGAGACUUGUGGAAAUACAUCUGUCCAAUUUUCUGUGACGAGCAGGAAUGAGCACCGUGGUAGUCCGAGCUGGACUGUCGUUAACUCGGUGAGCGUGCGCCUGGAGAACAUCCACAUUGCAUUGCGGAAAAAUAGGGACGUUUAUGUGGAUGGAGUGAGGGUGGAGCUUCCUGUGGAACCCACUGCUUCGGUAAGACUGUCGCUGGUAGGAUGGUAUGUUGUGCUCCAGACCAACUUUGGUCUUCAGGUGAAGUUUGACGGAGAUCAUCAACUGGUCGUAGUUGUGGACGAGAGAUACAAAGGACAGCUGUGUGGCUUGUGCGGAACCUACACCAAUGACCAACUGGAUGACUUCUUGAAACCCGAUGGAAUACUAGCUUCGGAUUCAAAUCAGUUUGGGAACAGUUGGAUAGUUACUGACAAUGACUGGCCGUGUAACCCAACAGCUCCUCUUCCGCCACCAUGCGAGCCAGCAGCAAGCGAAGAGGCAGAGAGAUACUGUAAAAUAGUCUUGGCUAACCCUGGUCCAUUUAAAGAGUGUCACUGGCAUAUCCCACCCCAACUCUACUUUGAGUGCUGCAUCUAUGACCACUGUGUGACUGGCGGAGAUUCUGUUCAGAUGUGCAACACGCUGGAGUCUUAUGCUUCAGCUUGUGAAGCAGCUGGUGUUGUGCUGGGAGAUUGGAGGCAGCAGAGUGGCUGUACUGAGAAAAGUUGUUCAUUGGAUUGUAACUUUGACAAAGACUUGUGCCAUUGGACGCAAUCCAAGAACGAUACGUUGGACUGGAAACGCAUCAGAGGGUCGACACCGUCAUCUUACACAGGACCGAGUUUUGACCACACCACUGCAGGUGGUUACUACAUCUACAUUGAAGGCAACGAUGGGCAAGCAGGAGACCGAGCCCAAUUGGUCAGUGCUCCAUGUGCGGAGAGAGGAGCUCGAUGCAUGCGAUUCUGGUACCACAUGUAUGGAGUAGCUCGGCAUAUGGCUUUGAACGUUUACCAGGUUGAAAGCGGAACAGCAGUGCUGAAGUGGUCUGAUUCAGGAAAUAAGGGAAACCGAUGGAUUGAAGGACAGGUUAGCCUUCACCUGUCUGGAGAUUCUCAGAUCCUCCUUGAAGCGGUCCGUGGCAGUGACUACCGGAGUGAUGUUGCUGUGGAUGACAUUUCCUUUCACGUAGGAUGUUGUGAAGCAGAUGAUUGUGGGCCAACGACAUCUCCAACUACAGCCAGUACCAUGAUGCCUGACAAUACAGAGACUUCCUGCAUAGUGCAAGGAGAUCCGCACUAUAUGACCUUUGAUGACCAAGCUCACGACUUUAUGGGAACGUGCACGUACACCUUAUCAAAACUGUGCAAUACCAGCAGCGGUCUGCCCUAUUUCAAUGUUGAAGCUGCAAAUGAGCACAGAGGCGGAAACCCAUACGUGUCUUACGUGAGACAAGUCAACGUUGAGGUUUCCGAUCACAGAAUCACACUAGGAAAGGGGCGUGUGGUAAAGGUUGAUGGGGAAGAGGCAGUGCUACCAGUUUCAGUCAGCCCGGGAGUUGUUGUCGCUCUGACUGGGCAGUACGUCGUCAUUAGCACUAGUUUUGGAUUGCGAGUGAAGUUUAAUGGCAAGCAUCGAGCUGAGGUGACUCUCUCGGGUCUCUUCAAAGGCAAGGUGUGUGGAAUGUGUGGGAACUAUAAUGAAGACAGAAGGGAUGAUUUUCUGAAUCCAGAUGGAAUAAUGGAACCUGACUCAGUCAGCUUGGGCAACAGCUGGCAGUCCGGAAAUGACACAAGGUGUACUCCUGAUGUUGGCAUCAGACCAGAUUGCAGUGAGGAUGAAAAGCGUAUCAUCGAAAGUAAAUAUUACUGUGGGAUAAUCAAGGAUGCAGACGGUCCUUUCAAAGGGUGCCAUUCGAAAGUCGACCCGGAAGCUUAUUUUGCCGACUGUGUCUACGACCUUUGUGCGUUAGGCACGGAGCAGGAGGCUCUGUGCAGCAGUUUGGAGUCGUACGGAGAUGCAUGCCAGUCAGAGGGAGCGAGAGUGGAAGCCUGGAGGAAUGAGACCUUUUGCCCUGUAAACUGUGGAGCGAAUAGUCAUUAUGAGCAGUGUGGCUCAGCUUGCCCAGCUACUUGUGUGAGUCCAAGUGCUCCAUCGCGCUGCUUGAAACCUUGCGUGGAAGGCUGUGUAUGUGACAGUGGGUACCUUCUCUACAAUGACCGAUGUGUGCCAGAGGAGAAGUGUGGUUGCUGGUAUGAAGGAAAGCACUACCCAGUGGGCUCUGAACUAUGGACAGAUGAUACCUGCUCAAGAAAAUGUAGAUGUCCUUCUGCAGGCAGUAAAAUGGUGUGCUGGGAUUCAACAUGUUCUAAAGAUUCAUACUGUGGAGUUGUAAACGGCGUCCCCGGUUGCUACCCAUACACGUACGGUAUCUGCAGAGUGCAUAAUGAUCCGCAUUACAACACCUUUGACAAAGCCACCCUGCACUUUAUGGGCAGCUGUACGUACACAAUAGCCAAGUGGUGUGGAAAUUCCUCCUCCCUUCCGUACUUCAACAUUGAAACAAAGAAUGAAAAUCGUGGCGAUGCAAGAGUAUCUUAUGUUCAGAAAGUGCAUGUAACUGUUCACGGCCACAACGUUUGGAUUGUGAAGGGGGAAUCUCAGCGGGUGUUGGUUGAUGACGUGUGGGAGACCUUACCUGUCCAGCGUGGCAAGGGUGCCCUGAGUGUGAGCAGGAGCGGAAGAUACGUGGUCCUGACAACUGAUUUUGGCCUGUACGUGUCUUACGACACUGAUCAUUCAGUGGAAGUGAAGGUGCCGAGUACGUACUUUAAUCAGGUUUGUGGUAUGUGCGGUAACUACAAUGGAAUAUGGCAGGAUGACUACAUGAAACCUGACGGAUCGCAAGCAAAGGAUGUCAAUGAACUGGGAAACAGCUGGAAGGUGCCACCUGACGAGCCGGGUUGUGACCCCAUCGAGCCAGGAGUGUGUUUGCCCGCAGAUGAGGAGCGCUACCGAGGUGAUGAUUUCUGUGGUCUGAUCAGCAGCCAGCAGGGGCCAUUUGUAAACUGCCACUCGGUAAUCAACACCAAUGGUUUCUUUGAAAGUUGUGUUGUUGAAAUGUGCUUGACGGAUGGAGACCAAGGAGCUCUGUGUAGGACCCUGCAGAUCUAUUCAGAUGCCUGUCAGAGAGCAGGAGUGACCAUUGUGCCAUGGAGGAACUCCACUUUCUGUGGUAUCGUGUGUGCAGCCAACAGCCAUUACAAUGUAUGUGCCAGCGCUUGUCCAGCUACUUGCACUGACCGCUUUGCUUCGGAGAACUGUAGUAAGCCUUGUGUGGAGGACUGUGAGUGUAACCAUGGCUUUGUCCUGAGUGGAAGCUUGUGCGUGUCUGUCGAGAACUGUGGUUGCACGCACAAGAACAAAUACUACGAGAAAGGUGCAAUGUUCUGGGAAGACGGAUGUCGAGGAAAGUGCCGCUGCACUGGAAAUGACCGAAUCGUGUGCGAACCAGCAAAUUGUGGAGCGGGAGAAAUUUGCAAAGUGCAGGGUGGCAAUUUGGGAUGUUACCGCGCUGACACUGCGAUUUGCCAUAUCUAUGGUGACCCGCACUACACAACAUUUGAUGGGAAGCUGUACCAUUUCCAAGGUGCCUGUAAUUACACGGUGACCGAGACUUGUGGAAAUACAUCUGUCCAAUUUUCUGUGACGAGCAGGAAUGAGCACCGUGGUAGUCCGAGCUGGACUGUCGUUAACUCGGUGAGCGUGCGCCUGGAGAACAUCCACAUUGCAUUGCGGAAAAAUAGGGACGUUUAUGUGGAUGGAGUGAGGGUGGAGCUUCCUGUGGAACCCACUGCUUCGGUAAGACUGUCGCUGGUAGGAUGGUAUGUUGUGCUCCAGACCAACUUUGGUCUUCAGGUGAAGUUUGACGGAGAUCAUCAACUGGUCGUAGUUGUGGACGAGAGAUACAAAGGACAGCUGUGUGGCUUGUGCGGAACCUACACCAAUGACCAACUGGAUGACUUCUUGAAACCCGAUGGAAUACUAGCUUCGGAUUCAAAUCAGUUUGGGAACAGUUGGAUAGUUACUGACAAUGACUGGCCGUGUAACCCAACAGCUCCUCUUCCGCCACCAUGCGAGCCAGCAGCAAGCGAAGAGGCAGAGAGAUACUGUAAAAUAGUCUUGGCUAACCCUGGUCCAUUUAAAGAGUGUCACUGGCAUAUCCCACCCCAACUCUACUUUGAGAGCUGCAUCUAUGACCACUGUGUGACUGGCGGAGAUUCUGUUCAGAUGUGCAACACGCUGGAGUCUUAUGCUUCAGCUUGUGAAGCAGCUGGUGUUGUGCUGGGAGAUUGGAGGCAGCAGAGUGGCUGUACUGAGAAAAGUUGUUCAUUGGAUUGUAACUUUGACAAAGACUUGUGCCAUUGGACGCAAUCCAAGAACGAUACGUUGGACUGGAAACGCAUCAGAGGGUCGACACCGUCAUCUUACACAGGACCGAGUUUUGACCACACCACUGCAGGUGGUUACUACAUCUACAUUGAAGGCAACGAUGGGCAAGCAGGAGACCGAGCCCAAUUGGUCAGUGCUCCAUGUGCGGAGAGAGGAGCUCGAUGCAUGCGAUUCUGGUACCACAUGUAUGGAGUAGCUCGGCAUAUGGCUUUGAACGUUUACCAGGUUGAAAGCGGAACAGCAGUGCUGAAGUGGUCUGAUUCAGGAAAUAAGGGAAACCGAUGGAUUGAAGGACAGGUUAGCCUUCACCUGUCUGGAGAUUCUCAGAUCCUCCUUGAAGCGGUCCGUGGCAGUGACUACCGGAGUGAUGUUGCUGUGGAUGACAUUUCCUUUCACGUAGGAUGUUGUGAAGCAGAUGAUUGUGGGCCAACGACAUCUCCAACUACAGCCAGUACCAUGAUGCCUGACAAUACAGAGACUUCCUGCAUAGUGCAAGGAGAUCCGCACUAUAUGACCUUUGAUGACCAAGCUCACGACUUUAUGGGAACGUGCACGUACACCUUAUCAAAACUGUGCAAUACCAGCAGCGGUCUGCCCUAUUUCAAUGUUGAAGCUGCAAAUGAGCACAGAGGCGGAAACCCAUACGUGUCUUACGUGAGACAAGUCAACGUUGAGGUUUCCGAUCACAGAAUCACACUAGGAAAGGGGCGUGUGGUAAAGGUUGAUGGGGAAGAGGCAGUGCUACCAGUUUCAGUCAGCCCGGGAGUUGUUGUCGCUCUGACUGGGCAGUACGUCGUCAUUAGCACUAGUUUUGGAUUGCGAGUGAAGUUUAAUGGCAAGCAUCGAGCUGAGGUGACUCUCUCGGGUCUCUUCAAAGGCAAGGUGUGUGGAAUGUGUGGGAACUAUAAUGAAGACAGAAGGGAUGAUUUUCUGAAUCCAGAUGGAAUAAUGGAACCUGACUCAGUCAGCUUGGGCAACAGCUGGCAGUCCGGAAAUGACACAAGGUGUACUCCUGAUGUUGGCAUCAGACCAGAUUGCAGUGAGGAUGAAAAGCGUAUCAUCGAAAGUAAAUAUUACUGUGGGAUAAUCAAGGAUGCAGACGGUCCUUUCAAAGGGUGCCAUUCGAAAGUCGACCCGGAAGCUUAUUUUGCCGACUGUGUCUACGACCUUUGUGCGUUAGGCACGGAGCAGGAGGCUCUGUGCAGCAGUUUGGAGUCGUACGGAGAUGCAUGCCAGUCAGAGGGAGCGAGAGUGGAAGCCUGGAGGAAUGAGACCUUUUGCCCUGUAAACUGUGGAGCGAAUAGUCAUUAUGAGCAGUGUGGCUCAGCUUGCCCAGCUACUUGUGUGAGUCCAAGUGCUCCAUCGCGCUGCUUGAAACCUUGCGUGGAAGGCUGUGUAUGUGACAGUGGGUACCUUCUCUACAAUGACCGAUGUGUGCCAGAGGAGAAGUGUGGUUGCUGGUAUGAAGGAAAGCACUACCCAGUGGGCUCUGAACUAUGGACAGAUGAUACCUGCUCAAGAAAAUGUAGAUGUCCUUCUGCAGGCAGUAAAAUGGUGUGCUGGGAUUCAACAUGUUCUAAAGAUUCAUACUGUGGAGUUGUAAACGGCGUCCCCGGUUGCUACCCAUACACGUACGGUAUCUGCAGAGUGCAUAAUGAUCCGCAUUACAACACCUUUGACAAAGCCACCCUGCACUUUAUGGGCAGCUGUACGUACACAAUAGCCAAGUGGUGUGGAAAUUCCUCCUCCCUUCCGUACUUCAACAUUGAAACAAAGAAUGAAAAUCGUGGCGAUGCAAGAGUAUCUUAUGUUCAGAAAGUGCAUGUAACUGUUCACGGCCACAACGUUUGGAUUGUGAAGGGGGAAUCUCAGCGGGUGUUGGUUGAUGACGUGUGGGAGACCUUACCUGUCCAGCGUGGCAAGGGUGCCCUGAGUGUGAGCAGGAGCGGAAGAUAUGUGGUCCUGACAACUGAUUUUGGCCUGUACGUGUCUUACGACACUGAUCAUUCAGUGGAAGUGAAGGUGCCGAGUACGUACUUUAAUCAGGUUUGUGGUAUGUGCGGUAACUACAAUGGAAUAUGGCAGGAUGACUACAUGAAACCUGACGGAUCGCAAGCAAAGGAUGUCAAUGAACUGGGAAACAGCUGGAAGGUGCCACCUGACGAGCCGGGUUGUGACCCCAUCGAGCCAGGAGUGUGUUUGCCCGCAGAUGAGGAGCGCUACCGAGGUGAUGAUUUCUGUGGUCUGAUCAGCAGCCAGCAGGGGCCAUUUGUAAACUGCCACUCGGUAAUCAACACCAAUGGUUUCUUUGAAAGUUGUGUUGUUGAAAUGUGCUUGACGGAUGGAGACCAAGGAGCUCUGUGUAGGACCCUGCAGAUCUAUUCAGAUGCCUGUCAGAGAGCAGGAGUGACCAUUGUGCCAUGGAGGAACUCCACUUUCUGUGGUAUCGUGUGUGCAGCCAACAGCCAUUACAAUGUAUGUGCCAGCGCUUGUCCAGCUAUUUGCACUGACCGCUUUGCUUCGGAGAACUGUAGUAAGCCUUGUGUGGAGGACUGUGAGUGUAACCAUGGCUUUGUCCUGAGUGGAAGCUUGUGCGUGUCUGUCGAGAACUGUGGUUGCACGCACAAGAACAAAUACUACGAGAAAGGUGCAAUGUUCUGGGAAGACGGAUGUCGAGGAAAGUGCCGCUGCACUGGAAAUGACCGAAUCGUGUGCGAACCAGCAAAUUGUGGAGCGGGAGAAAUUUGCAAAGUGCAGGGUGGCAAUUUGGGAUGUUACCGCGCUGACACUGCGAUUUGCCAUAUCUAUGGUGACCCGCACUACACAACAUUUGAUGGGAAGCUGUACCAUUUCCAGGGUGCCUGUAAUUACACGGUGACCGAGACUUGUGGAAAUACAUCUGUCCAAUUUUCUGUGACGAGCAGGAAUGAGCACCGUGGUAGUCCGAGCUGGACUGUCGUUAACUCGGUGAGCGUGCGCCUGGAGAACAUCCACAUUGCAUUGCGGAAAAAUAGGGACGUUUAUGUGGAUGGAGUGAGGGUGGAGCUUCCUGUGGAACCCACUGCUUCGGUAAGACUGUCGCUGGUAGGAUGGUAUGUUGUGCUCCAGACCAACUUUGGUCUUCAGGUGAAGUUUGACGGAGAUCAUCAACUGGUCGUAGUUGUGGACGAGAGAUACAAAGGACAGCUGUGUGGCUUGUGCGGAACCUACACCAAUGACCAACUGGAUGACUUCUUGAAACCCGAUGGAAUACUAGCUUCGGAUUCAAAUCAGUUUGGGAACAGUUGGAUAGUUACUGACAAUGACUGGCCGUGUAACCCAACAGCUCCUCUUCCGCCACCAUGCGAGCCAGCAGCAAGCGAAGAGGCAGAGAGAUACUGUAAAAUAGUCUUGGCUAACCCUGGUCCAUUUAAAGAGUGUCACUGGCAUAUCCCACCCCAACUCUACUUUGAGAGCUGCAUCUAUGACCACUGUGUGACUGGCGGAGAUUCUGUUCAGAUGUGCAACACGCUGGAGUCUUAUGCUUCAGCUUGUGAAGCAGCUGGUGUUGUGCUGGGAGAUUGGAGGCAGCAGAGUGGCUGUACUGAGAAAAGUUGUUCAUUGGAUUGUAACUUUGACAAAGACUUGUGCCAUUGGACGCAAUCCAAGAACGAUACGUUGGACUGGAAACGCAUCAGAGGGUCGACACCGUCAUCUUACACAGGACCGAGUUUUGACCACACCACUGCAGGUGGUUACUACAUCUACAUUGAAGGCAACGAUGGGCAAGCAGGAGACCGAGCCCAAUUGGUCAGUGCUCCAUGUGCGGAGAGAGGAGCUCGAUGCAUCCGAUUCUGGUACCACAUGUAUGGAGUAGCUCGGCAUAUGGCUUUGAACGUUUACCAGGUUGAAAGCGGAACAGCAGUGCUGAAGUGGUCUGAUUCAGGAAAUAAGGGAAACCGAUGGAUUGAAGGACAGGUUAGCCUUCACCUGUCUGGAGAUUCUCAGAUCCUCCUUGAAGCGGUCCGUGGCAGUGACUACCGGAGUGAUGUUGCUGUGGAUGACAUUUCCUUUCACGUAGGAUGUUGUGAAGCAGAUGAUUGUGGGCCAACGACAUCUCCAACUACAGCCAGUACCAUGAUGCCUGACAAUACAGAGACUUCCUGCAUAGUGCAAGGAGAUCCGCACUAUAUGACCUUUGAUGACCAAGCUCACGACUUUAUGGGAACGUGCACGUACACCUUAUCAAAACUGUGCAAUACCAGCAGCGGUCUGCCCUAUUUCAAUGUUGAAGCUGCAAAUGAGCACAGAGGCGGAAACCCAUACGUGUCUUACGUGAGACAAGUCAACGUUGAGGUUUCCGAUCACAGAAUCACACUAGGAAAGGGGCGUGUGGUAAAGGUUGAUGGGGAAGAGGCAGUGCUACCAGUUUCAGUCAGCCCGGGAGUUGUUGUCGCUCUGACUGGGCAGUACGUCGUCAUUAGCACUAGUUUUGGAUUGCGAGUGAAGUUUAAUGGCAAGCAUCGAGCUGAGGUGACUCUCUCGGGUCUCUUCAAAGGCAAGGUGUGUGGAAUGUGUGGGAACUAUAAUGAAGACAGAAGGGAUGAUUUUCUGAAUCCAGAUGGAAUAAUGGAACCUGACUCAGUCAGCUUGGGCAACAGCUGGCAGUCCGGAAAUGACACAAGGUGUACUCCUGAUGUUGGCAUCAGACCAGAUUGCAGUGAGGAUGAAAAGCGUAUCAUCGAAAGUAAAUAUUACUGUGGGAUAAUCAAGGAUGCAGACGGUCCUUUCAAAGGGUGCCAUUCGAAAGUCGACCCGGAAGCUUAUUUUGCCGACUGUGUCUACGACCUUUGUGCGUUAGGCACGGAGCAGGAGGCUCUGUGCAGCAGUUUGGAGUCGUACGGAGAUGCAUGCCAGUCAGAGGGAGCGAGAGUGGAAGCCUGGAGGAAUGAGACCUUUUGCCCUGUAAACUGUGGAGCGAAUAGUCAUUAUGAGCAGUGUGGCUCAGCUUGCCCAGCUACUUGUGUGAGUCCAAGUGCUCCAUCGCGCUGCUUGAAACCUUGCGUGGAAGGCUGUGUAUGUGACAGUGGGUACCUUCUCUACAAUGACCGAUGUGUGCCAGAGGAGAAGUGUGGUUGCUGGUAUGAAGGAAAGCACUACCCAGUGGGCUCUGAACUAUGGACAGAUGAUACCUGCUCAAGAAAAUGUAGAUGUCCUUCUGCAGGCAGUAAAAUGGUGUGCUGGGAUUCAACAUGUUCUAAAGAUUCAUACUGUGGAGUUGUAAACGGCGUCCCCGGUUGCUACCCAUACACGUACGGUAUCUGCAGAGUGCAUAAUGAUCCGCAUUACAACACCUUUGACAAAGCCACCCUGCACUUUAUGGGCAGCUGUACGUACACAAUAGCCAAGUGGUGUGGAAAUUCCUCCUCCCUUCCGUACUUCAACAUUGAAACAAAGAAUGAAAAUCGUGGCGACGCAAGAGUAUCUUAUGUUCAGAAAGUGCAUGUAACUGUUCACGGCCACAACGUUUGGAUUGUGAAGGGGGAAUCUCAGCGGGUGUUGGUUGAUGACGUGUGGGAGACCUUACCUGUCCAGCGUGGCAAGGGUGCCCUGAGUGUGAGCAGGAGCGGAAGAUACGUGGUCCUGACAACUGAUUUUGGCCUGUACGUGUCUUACGACACUGAUCAUUCAGUGGAAGUGAAGGUGCCGAGUACGUACUUUAAUCAGGUUUGUGGUAUGUGCGGUAACUACAAUGGAAUAUGGCAGGAUGACUACAUGAAAACUGACGGAUCGCAAGCAAAGGAUGUCAACGAACUGGGAAACAGCUGGAAGGUGCCACCUGACGAGCCGGGUUGUGACCCCAUCGAGCCAGGAGUGUGUUUGCCCGCAGAUGAGGAGCGCUACCGAGGUGAUGAUUUCUGUGGUCUGAUCAGCAGCCAGCAGGGGCCAUUUGUAAACUGCCACUCGGUAAUCAACACCAAUGGUUUCUUUGAAAGUUGUGUUGUUGAAAUGUGCUUGACGGAUGGAGACCAAGGAGCUCUGUGUAGGACCCUGCAGAUCUAUUCAGAUGCCUGUCAGAGAGCAGGAGUGACCAUUGUGCCAUGGAGGAACUCCACUUUCUGUGGUAUCGUGUGUGCAGCCAACAGCCAUUACAAUGUAUGUGCCAGCGCUUGUCCAGCUACUUGCACUGACCGCUUUGCUUCGGAGAACUGUAGUAAGCCUUGUGUGGAGGACUGUGAGUGUAACCAUGGCUUUGUCCUGAGUGGAAGCUUGUGCGUGUCUGUCGAGAACUGUGGUUGCACGCACAAGAACAAAUACUACGAGAAAGGUGCAAUGUUCUGGGAAGACGGAUGUCGAGGAAAGUGCCGCUGCACUGGAAAUGACCGAAUCGUGUGCGAACCAGCAAAUUGUGGAGCGGGAGAAAUUUGCAAAGUGCAGGGUGGCAAUUUGGGAUGUUACCGCGCUGACACUGCGAUUUGCCAUAUCUAUGGUGACCCGCACUACACAACAUUUGAUGGGAAGCUGUACCAUUUCCAAGGUGCCUGUAAUUACACGGUGACCGAGACUUGUGGAAAUACAUCUGUCCAAUUUUCUGUGACGAGUAGGAAUGAGCACCGUGGUAGUCCGAGCUGGACUGUCGUUAACUCGGUGAGCGUGCGCCUGGAGAACAUCCACAUUGCAUUGCGGAAAAAUAGGGACGUUUAUGUGGAUGGAGUGAGGGUGGAGCUUCCUGUGGAACCCACUGCUUCGGUAAGACUGUCGCUGGUAGGAUGGUAUGUUGUGCUCCAGACCAACUUUGGUCUUCAGGUGAAGUUUGACGGAGAUCAUCAACUGGUCGUAGUUGUGGACGAGAGAUACAAAGGACAGCUGUGUGGCUUGUGCGGAACCUACACCAAUGACCAACUGGAUGACUUCUUGAAACCCGAUGGAAUACUAGCUUCGGAUUCAAAUCAGUUUGGGAACAGUUGGAUAGUUACUGACAAUGACUGGCCGUGUAACCCAACAGCUCCUCUUCCGCCACCAUGCGAGCCAGCAGCAAGCGAAGAGGCAGAGAGAUACUGUAAAAUAGUCUUGGCUAACCCUGGUCCAUUUAAAGAGUGUCACUGGCAUAUCCCACCCCAACUCUACUUUGAGAGCUGCAUCUAUGACCACUGUGUGACUGGCGGAGAUUCUGUUCAGAUGUGCAACACGCUGGAGUCUUAUGCUUCAGCUUGUGAAGCAGCUGGUGUUGUGCUGGGAGAUUGGAGGCAGCAGAGUGGCUGUACUGAGAAAAGUUGUUCAUUGGAUUGUAACUUUGACAAAGACUUGUGCCAUUGGACCCAAUCCAAGAACGAUACGUUGGACUGGAAACGCAUCAGAGGGUCGACACCAUCAUCUUACACAGGACCGAGUUUUGACCACACCACUGCAGGUGGUUACUACAUCUACAUUGAAGGCAACGAUGGGCAAGCAGGAGACCGAGCCCAAUUGGUCAGUGCUCCAUGUGCGGAGAGAGGAGCUCGAUGCAUGCGAUUCUGGUACCACAUGUAUGGAGUAGCUCGGCAUAUGGCUUUGAACGUUUACCAGGUUGAAAGCGGAACAGCAGUGCUGAAGUGGUCUGAUUCAGGAAAUAAGGGAAACCGAUGGAUUGAAGGACAGGUUAGCCUUCACCUGUCUGGAGAUUCUCAGAUCCUCCUUGAAGCGGUCCGUGGCAGUGACUACCGGAGUGAUGUUGCUGUGGAUGACAUUUCCUUUCACGUAGGAUGUUGUGAAGAGGGUUGUGGAACAACAGCAACUACAAUCAUCUCAACUACAGCCAGUACCACAAUACCUGACUCUACAGGAAGUGCAUCCUGCCAUGUUGCUAGCGGUACUCACUACUAUACCUUCGAUAAAUUCAUGUACUCAUUCUCGGGCACUUGUGCGUACACCCUGGUGAAAAUGUCUGACAACAGCAGUGUGAUUCCUGUCAGCAUCAGCAUAUUAAAUGAAGGACAAGGACAACUUCCUUCAUCUUAUUUGAGGGAGAUCUACAUAGAUGUCUACGGUGUUCGUCUUACACUACAAAGAAACAGGAGGAUCUUGCUGAAUGGAGUAAGGAUCCGUACACCAAUCCCAGCUUACGUGAAAGGUAUAAAGGUUAUAACAAAUGGUAUCUACACAAUAGUUGAGACAGAUUUUGGCAUGGCAGUGAAAUUUGACGGCACUCACAAUCUUGAGAUUAGUUUGCCUGACUCAUACUAUUCAAAGGUGUGUGGUUUAUGUGGUGAUUACAAUGGUCGGCAAGUUGAUGAGUUUCGAAUGCCCAAUGGUCAAAUUGCAUCCAGCGCCAGUCACUUUGGAAACAGUUGGCAAUCAAAGGAAUUUGGCAGUCAAGGCUGUGUGCCAAGAAGCCAACAACAGAUGGGCUAUCUUUGCACUCCAAAAGAGAAGCUGAUAAUCGAGUGCAAGUGCAAGGAGCUGCUGUCCAAUAAGCACCAGUCCUGUCACCCCCUUGUUAACCCAGAUCUCUUCAUCCAGAAUUGUGUGCAGGAUAUGUGCAAGCACAACGGUCUGCUCUCAGCACUCUGUGACAACAUCCAACAUUAUGCUGAUGUCUGUAAAAAACUGGGAACAGAACUUAAAUGGAGAAACAGUACUUUCUGCCCUCUUUAUUGUCCAGCAAACAGCUCCUAUGUGACUUGUGCUCCAGCCUGUCCUGCAACAUGUGAUAAUAUAAAUGCAAGAUCCAGCUGUGCCACGGCUUCCAUGUGUGUGGAAGGAUGUGCGUGUGAUGAUGGCUUUGUCCAGAGUGAUGACAGAUGUGUUUCAGUCAGUGAGUGUGGCUGCAGAGACACAAAUGAUCAUUACCAUCCUGUUGGAGAGGUGUGGCUGACACAACACUGUAUUCAAAUGUGUAUCUGUAAGGAAGGUGGUGAAAUAAACUGCACAAACUAUGGCUGUGGAUCUAAUGAGCACUGCAGACUGAGAAGAAAUGGGCAAUAUACCUGCAGACCUACUGGGUUCAGUAAGUGCACUGCUGGGGGAAACCCAUAUUAUUUGGGUUUUGAUGGUCUGGUCCAUCACUUCACGGCUGAGAAUCAAUACACAUUGGCAGAAACAAUUGGCAUUCUGGAUAGACUGCAGGAGUUCAGAAUUUUUGGCAAAAAUGCACCUCUGAAGGAAAAGAAUGCAACUGCUCACCUGCAAGAGAUCAUUAUUGAAGUCUACGGCCACACUAUUCGUUUUGAGGAAAAGCAAAAACUUGUGGUGGAUGGUGAACUGAUAAAGCCUCCGAUUCAGCCUCAUGAUGGUCUGUGGAUUUACCAAAGAUCCAAUAUGCUCCAUCUGGAAACAGACUUUGGCCUAGCUGUCAGCUUUCGUGAGGGAGCUAACUCAGAUAUCACUCUGCCAAUUAACUACAAGAAGUGGGUUCAAGGACUAUGUAAUAACUUCACAGGAAAAGACAAAAAUAGUCCUAUAUCUGGAGGACCAGAAUCUGCAGAGAGACAGUGGCAGCAUCCGACUACAGAUGAAAAUCUGGGAUUGGCCUUGCAGUGUAGCAAAACCGAACUGACUCUCAUAAACAGCACCAGUUACUGUGGAAUUAUUUCUGAUCCAGAUGGACCAUUCGGCAACUGCCAUAGAUUCAUCUCCCCAGAACAGUAUCAAAUGAGCUGCAUUCUCAGUAUGUGUGCCUUAUUGAAUAACAGUGAGGUGCUGUGCCUCAGCCUGGAACAAUAUGCGCGACACUGUCAAGAACGAGGAGUCACUCUGGGAGACUGGAGGAGUGACACCCUCUGUGAGAUAGUAUGUCCAGAAAACAGCCAGUACAAUAUGCAGAUGUCAGCCUGCCCUGCUUCGUGUGGUGACUUCGAUGCUCCCUCAGAAUGUGAGGCAGCCAGCAUUGAGGGCUGCGAAUGCUUACCAGGCUUCAUACUCAGUGAUUUCCAAUGUGUCCCCUACAAUAAAUGUGGAUGCACAUAUCAAAACAAGUAUUAUGAGAUUGGGGAAAAAUUUAUCACAGAAGAUUGCUCUGAAGCUUGUGAAUGCAUUGGUACUGCCACAGUUAACUGCACAACAAUGCUCUGUACUCCCAGAACUACCUGUACCAUCGCUAAUCGCAUCAGAGGAUGCUACUGAUGAAAGAACACGUUAUGUACAUUUAAAUCAAGGAACUGCAGCUCAAGGACCUAUUGGAAGAGAGGACUCACAAGACCAUGUUCAACAAGUCAUGAGAGGGCGAUGAUGAUCAACUAAAAUCAGAAACUAAUAGUAAAUUGUUGCUGUCUAUCUGCUUUGAUUAUUAAUUUACACAUCAGUAAUAAACUUUGCCAAAUAGGUCAGGUUUAUUUAGGAUCCAAAAACAUUGUUUACCUGUACUUAAAAAUAAGAUUUCCACUCAAAUGAAAAAAAUAUAUAAAAUAUGGAAAUGCUCCAACCUGUUUCUUUAGCAUUCAUUCACUGAUUGAGAUGUAUAUAAUGAUGAGGGGCAUUGAUCGUGUGGAUACCCAAAGGCUUUUUUCCCUGGGCUGUAUGGCUAACACGAGGGGGCACAGUUUUAAGGUGCUAAAACUGUGGUACAAGGGGGAUGUCAGAGGUAAGUUUUUCACAUAAAGAGUGGGGUGGGUGUGUGGAGUGCACUGCCGACGAUGAUGUUAGAGGUGGAUUCAAUAGCGUGUAUUAAAAGAAGAGGGGGAGAAAGCCGGUUUAAAAAGAUAAGGACAAGUGUGGGGCAAGAACUGACAAGUGAUUAUUGUGGGGGGGGCUUAUUGGCAGAUGGGCUCAGGUGGGGGUUGACUUGUAGACCCACUGAGUUCCCCCAGAAGUUUAUCUUUUGAUCCCAGCUGCAGUUUUUCAUAUCUGAAUUAGUUUAAUCACCCAUUUCAUCCCCAACACAGACUCUGCCAUCUGGACAAUGCAAACCAGGACUGUUAAUAUUGCCCUGGUGUCCCUGUGAAACAUUUUUCCAAAUGUACGAUGUCACAAUCACCCGGGUUUUAGGUGUAACAAUGACCUCGGGUACAGAUGUCACAAUCAUAAGCUGUGAACAUCACAGUCCUCUGUCAACUGGGGAGUACUUUCUCUGACAGUUCCUCGUCAGGUACAUCUCCUCCUGCCCGAAAGACGGAUUUGAUUAAGAGGGUUAAGAGGUACUGGGACCCGCCUCCCCCACCAACAAUUCACCAUGGAUUCUGCCGCCAAGUCUCUAUCUUUCUGCUUGGCUAUUUAGGGUGUGUUUUCCUGGCUGUGUUGACCUUCUAUGUCUUUCCUAAGGUACGGAGCAAUUCAGUACUGUAAUAUUACUGGGGCACUCCAAGCUUUUGAGGAGAGCAAUUUCUGUGGGAUGUAUGAAAAGAACAAAAUAAAAGCUUAGC